AUGGUGACUCGCCAAUUUAUUGCUGAAACGGAGCGUCUCCCAAAUCACAACCAUGUGUUGCUCAUAACGACUGGAAGCGUAGCAUCUAUCAAAGCUCCUCUCAUCGUCUCACUGCUUCUCCAAUACCAAAAUGUCAAAGUAGAAGUGGUUGCGACCAAGGAAUCGCUCGCGUUUUACGACCCUGCAGAUGUCCUCAAGGCAGGAGCCCGCGUGUGGACUGAUGAGGACGAGUGGUCGGGGUCAUACAAGAUUGGAGAUCCGAUCCUGCAUAUCGAGCUGAGGAGGUGGGCUGACAUUGUUCUUGUCGCUCCCUGCUCGGCAAAUACGCUCUCAAAGAUUGCACACGGACUCUGCGACAAUCUCGCAACCUCUCUCCUUCGCGCGCUAGCACCUACGACGCUGACUUACGUAUUCCCGGCGAUGAAUACGCUCAUGUACGAGCAUCCACUCACGGCAGAACAUUUGCGCGUCAUCCGGGACGUUGUGCGCUACCAAGUUGUCGGGCCAAUCGGAAAGAAUCUUGCAUGUGGGGACGUUGGCCUCGGUGCCAUGACGGAAUGGCGCGAUAUCGUGAAGAUAGUGGUAGAUCAAAUGAAACUCGUUCGCAAAGAUAACAAAUCAUAA